GUCAUGGGUGGAUCUUAUAAGGUUACACACGCAAACCUGAUUCACACAGCCUGAGCUGCUGCUGACUGCAUGAAGAGCUCAAUCUUUAGCUGAAGACCAUGAGUUUACCGGACUAUAAAUCUCCUGGAAAACAGUCUUCAGCACCUGUACAGUCGAAAUCCCAAGUUGUCCAGCUGAAUAUCGGAGGUCAUGUCUUCAGCACCACCCUGGGGACCAUCCGGAAAUUCCCAAACUCCACACUGGCAGACCUGUUUAACGGAUCAACCAAACGGCUGGACUCUGAGGGUCGUUACUUCAUAGACCGUGAUGGAACUCAUUUUGCAUACAUCCUUGAGUACCUCAGAACAGAGAAAGUUCCCACUGAUCACCUGCAGGAAGUGCAUAAGGAGGCGCUUUACUAUGACAUCAAACCUCUGGUCAAAGCCAUUGAGGAGACGCCCCAGUUCUUUGGAGAGACAGUUGGAAGACAGCAGUUUUUGGCCCGUGUGCCAAAUUACCGCGAAAACCUGGAGGUGAUCGUCCGGGUGGCCAGAGCGGAGGCCAUCGCCUCACGUUACUCCAACAUAAUCGUGUGUGUUGUGAGGACAGAAGAUGAUUUAGCCAGAUACAAUGAUGCUAUUGACAGUCUCGGCACCCCAAAAGAGUCUGUGGUGAGCUUUGGUCCAUGGAAAGCUCCAGCAUCAGUGAAUGACCUGUUAGAUUGUGUCAAAAUAGACAUAGAGGCCAAAGGAUAUAAAGUAAAGAUCCAACCACACAGCAUAGACAAAGGGUUUCUCUUUAAGAGCUACAACUUUUUCUAUAAAUUGAUUUUCACCUGGUGGUGAAGAGUGUGAGGACUGACGUUAAGGCCUUUCAUGACCUGGAAACAGGGAGUGAAGGAAUAUUUUAUAUAUAUAUAUAUAUGAUUGACUUAUUAAACUAAUCAGACUUAUCAAACAUUUCUUUAGCAGACCCACAUAUAUGACAGACAGCUGUCAAUGAUGUAUAAUGAAGUUCUUAUCUGUCAGUAUCUGUUCAACCUUGGUUUAAUAUUGACACUAGUUGUGCUAUCCUGGCCUUAGGCUUAAAAUAGCUUCUGCAUGGACGUCUUAUAAAGUUUUAAAGGAAUGUUCUGGUUCAAUACAAGUUAAGUUUUCUCAGCAGCAUUUAUGGCAUGCUGUGGAUUCCAGUUAUUUUGACUAGUGUGUGUGUGUAUGUGUAAAACGUCUGGGAAAACAUACUACAUACACUUUCAUGUAUUUUAAGUGCAUGAUUUUUAAGUCUUGAGUGCAAGUGUUUGUCACAGAUGCUAGUAAAAGGCUUCACAUCAACGUUAGGUCUUAAGGAAUGUUAUUGGGUUGUUAAUUUGUCUAUAUCUGCAAACUGCACCAUUAUAUAACUUUUAACUUUUAUGCAUUUGCUUGAUGCUUUUAUCCAAAGUGACUUGCAUUGCAUAGGUAUACAUUUCAUCAGCUCAUGCAUUCCCAAUGCAUUCUAUAAGAUUGAACAUUUUUAGUGAAACAGGUCCACUUCAUAUACCAAUGUUAUUAUUAUUAUUAACAUUGUUAAUAUUACCUUAAUUUGUGCCAUGUAUAUACAAUAUGUCUGUUUUAACUGAAGUAUGUGUCCAAUGUCUGUUUCAUUUUUUUCACUGCUUUUGCACUUGGGACGAACCCUUUUCCUUGUGGAGAUCAUUAAAAAAAAAGGUACAAAAUAAUAUUAAGAAAAAGUGAUGUGCCUCUUCCAGCCGAAUGCUGUUGUAAUGUCAUACUUCAUGUAUGUUUGUGGAAAAACAAUACAGAAGAAAAGUUGAAUGAUUUUAAAGAUACCUUACCUUAGUGGGUUCAUGAAAUUGUUGCUCAGAGAGGUUGUGCCAUCUUUUUAAGUUUUAAAUUUGUAUACUAUAGCUUUUGUUCUAGUCUGAAAUGUUCAAACAUAGAUUUAAUUACUUAAAAUGUGUUCUUUGUUUUGAAUGUUAAAUUGUCUAAUAUAUACUGAUUGAUUGCUGUGCUAUCUAGUUAAUUGUUAUUAUAGCCUCUUAUAUGUUGUUAUACUUUUUAAAAACAGAUAUUUAAUUCUUUAAUCAGUCUCUAUAUGUAGCUUUUCUAGAAAAAUAAAACACAGAAACAACUGAAAGUUCAAGCUCAGGGAAAAAAUAUAAUGAAUAUGUAUAUUGUUGUCAUUUUUACUUAUAUCAGAAUAGGCUGUUUAUAAUUGUAAUACAAUAUAAUAUGGAAUUAAAUGUAUUAUGCAUGAGGCAUUGAAUACAUACAGAUAAUUUUACAAUUAAAAGGAAAAGCCCUCGA